AUGCCUAGAUGCUUCUGUGACUUAAGCAGAACUGCACUCGAAGCAUGUCAGGGGGCUGUGCUUCUGGAGCAAGCCCAGUCAGCAUCUGGAACCUGCCCUCAAAAGCAAAGAUACUCCCUCAAACUUGAUGUCAAAGAUGGGAAGAUCUACAAUGAACAGAACUUCUUCCAGCGAGCUGCAAAGGCAGGCACAGUGGAGAAGUGGAAGAAGGGGCACUCUGUGCCGUUGCUGGGAAUCCCUGACUGCGUUGGCUUUGGACUGCAUGCAGAUAGCUACAGGUUUUUGGUGUUCUCUGACUUGGGGCGAACUCUUCAGUCGGUCCUGAAUGAUGGCUUACACCUCCUGAGGGAGAAGGCAGCUUUUCAGAUCGUAGUCCGGCUGCUAGACUGCCUGGAGUACAUUCAUGAAAACGAGUAUGUGCAUGGGGACAUCACGGCUGAGAACAUCUAUUUGAACCCAGCAGACCUCACGCAGGUGACUCUCGCAGGCUAUUGCUUUGCGUUCCGUUACUGCCCAGGAGGAAAGCACGUGGCUCAGCGUGAAGGCAGCAGGACCCCUCACGAAGGCACGAUAGAGUUUAUCAGUCUGGACAGUCACAAGGGAGCAGGACCAUCUCGCCGGAGUGACUUGGAAUCUCUGGGCUACUGUCUUCUGAAAUGGCUCUGUGGCUUCUUGCCUUGGUCUGAUGAGCUGGACAAAGUAGAAACUGUGAUGGAGAAGAAGGAAAAGUACAAAGGGGAUGUGAAAUGCCUUCUCCAACUGUGCUUCAGGCAGAGAUCUAUUCCAGAUGCUCUGCAGAGCUACCUGCAGCAAGUAAUGGCACUAGAGUACGAGGAGAAGCCUGACUAUGAGGCCCUGCGGCAGCUCUUCAAGCAGCCACUGAAAAAGAUGAAAACUUCAGCUUAUGACUCUGUGGAUAUCAAAAUGGUGCCCUAA